AUGGUCCGGAACAAGAAGCCCCACACCCUGGGGGGUACCCCGCACCGCCCGACCGGGACGCUUGAUGAGUUCGUGUGCACUCCGAGCACACUAAGCUGCAGCCGACCGCCUGACAACAUGGCGCCCGGCUCCCCAGGCAGUGAAAGCGCGGGAGAGCCCACCCUGGACGGCACGCAGGAUGACACACUCGCUCUGAUUAAACAGGAGCUGGCAAUGAUCUCCGCACAGAUGCUCACCAAGGCAGAUACAGGGGGGCUACUGAGAGAACUUCGGGCAGCCGUCAAAGAGGAAGUUGCAGCCCUGAGGAAGGAUCUUUCAUCAGUGGAAGUAAGAGUGGAGGCACUGGAAACGGAGGCCCAAGCGAGCCGCGCGCAGCACCAAGCGGCUGAACUCGCUACCACGCGCCAGGGGAACAUGCUCCUCUCCCUUCGGCGCCAAGUUGAAGAUUUAGAGAACCGCAGCAGACGCCAAAAUAUCCGGAUUCGGGGGCUACCCGAACCGGACACAGCGCCACUACAAGACACGCUGCAGGCCCUUUUCCGGCAGAUUCUUGGAGAGGAAUGCCCGGCGGUGAUCAAGCUGGACCGGGCACAUAGGUCCCUGGGGCCGCAGAGGCCUGAUGGCAGGCCACGAGACGUCCUGUGCUGCCUCCAUGACUACAGCCUUAAGGAACGCCUCAUGACAGCUGCCCGAGGAAUGGCGGAUAUACCCUUCCGGGGAGCAAGCGUGGCCCUAUACCAAGACCUGUCCCGCCUCACCCUGGACGCCAGACAAGCUCUCAGGCCCUUAACGACGACCCUGCGGGAGAAGGGAAUAGCCUACCGGUGGGGAUUCCCCUUCAGCCUCCAGAUUAGGCAGGGGAAUGCCUGGAUCCAAGUGCGCUGGCCAGAAGAUGUGCCCGAGCCUUAA